AUGAAUUUAGCAAUUUCGUCAAGUUCAGAUGAAGAAUCAUCUUAUAAUGCUAAAGAAUAAGAUAGAAUAUUAAAGAAUUCAAAUAUUUUUAAAUAGAAAGCAAGUUCGCACUUGAAUUGUUUAAAGCAUCCAAAUAAAAAGGUAAGAAUAAAUAACACUAAUUAUAUUAGGCUAAAUAUUAUGCCUAAAAUGAUAAGCGAACCUUAUUUUGUUCAAAAUGUGCUUUGAAUUUAGCAUUAAAAGGCCAUAAAAUUGAAGAAAGUGCAGGAGCAGAAUUAGAAUUGCAAAGAUAAAUGAGAAUAAAUUAAUUUUAAGAAUUAAUGAAAUAAGCAUUAUAAGCUUGUAAUAUAAAAAUAAUAGAUUUAAAUGGAUUAUAAUUAAGUCAAAAAUAAUUGCUUGAAGAUUAGAAAACGAAUUGCAUAAAAUUUUUUGAAUAGGUAAUUGAAACAUCUUAACAAUUAAAAUAAACAUACAUAUAAAAAUUUCAACAUGAUCAUUUAAGUUUGGAAUAGAAUAUAUUGGAUUGGUAAUAAGCAGUGACAAAUUAUGAAAAGUAAUUAUAGUAAUUUUAAAUUGAUAUUGAAAAGAACCAUGCAAAUAUAGUUAAAAAGAUGGAAAUGAAGCCUUUUGAAGACAUAAUGCUUAGAUAUGAAAAAAGAGUAAGAAAUAUUUAACAAUUAUUAUCAGAAAUGAAAUUAGAAUCAUGUGUAAAAAUAAAUUAGUUUGAACAAUCAUAAAUAUUAACAUUUAUGAAUAAAAUGUGUUACAAUAUUUUGUUGAAUGAUACAACAUAAUCAAUAAAAUCUCGAAGUAAUUCAAUCAAUUUUAAUAAUCCUUCUAUUGAUAUGAAAGUAUUUGAUAUUUUAGAAAAUGAUGAUUUCUAUCAAAGUACAUUCUCGAACACAAUUAAAGAUAACAAUAGUUAAAACCCUUCAUCUCCUAUAUCUAAAUUACCAAUCUAUAAAAGUAAUGGAUCUAAUGCUAUUUCUACAAUACAGAAUUCAAGAAGAGAAAGCAAUUCCAAUACUCCAGAAAGUUGGAAUCAUACUAAUAUAUAGAAUUGUGAUUAGUAAUUUUUAAUUCCCUAGUAAGCACAUAGUCAUAAUGUAAGUUUAAAUGAAUAGCCAAUUAUUAUUAAUUAACAAUAGUAGUAACUUAGUGAAAAGUUAAAUGUAUAGGAUUUAAUCAAAUUAGGUAAUGAACAUAUUUAGAAUGUUGAAUAACACAAAAAUAUAGAAAUAACACCUUUGAUUCAUUAGAAAAGUUAAUCAAUAUUGCCAUAAUCAAUAAAGAUAUACAAUAGUUAGAAAAGUAACAAUAAUUUCAUUUUAGAUUAACAUGACUCAAACACUAUAAAUAAAUCCCAGGAUUCCAAAUAAAGAAAAAAACAACCUUCUAUUGAUUAUAUAGAACAGAAGCGAUUUUAUAUAUUAAAUUAGAAUCAAUAGAAAUCUUAAUUGUAAUUAUAAGAGGACACGUUGAAAGAUAGAAUUUUUAAAGAAUUAAGUGGACAUUCCAGUGAAUCCGUUUACAAUUAAGUUUUAAAAAUUAAUAACACUUAACAAAAAAUAAAAAAAGGAAAGGAGAAUACUCAAAUUGAUUGGACAACCAGUUUAAGGAAUAAACAAAAUUUAUUAACAAAAAAAUGA